AUGGCGAGCUUCUUCGGCAUGGGGCGCGCGCCCCACCAGCUGUCGCUCAGGGUGAUGUACGAGGGCUACGCGAAGAACCCGGAGGAUCCGGACGCGCCCAUCCCGCGCGAGGGGACCCUCGCCGUGGACUGGGAGGCGGCCGAGGAGUCCUCCGCGGUGCUCGAGCGAAUCGACGCGCAGAUGCGCACCCUGCCGUUCAACCACAAGGGGCAGGUCGUCGCGCUCCGCCUGGACGUCGACGACCGCGCGGGAUCCGCGUCGAACGCAUCCUCGUCGCCGAACGGAGGAUCCGCUGGUAACGGCGCGAACGGCACCCUCGGCGCGCAUCAGAGGACGUCCAGCGGCAACCUGCUCAAGGACGUCUUCGGAGCUGGGGGGCUCACGUCGUUUCUCCUCGGCGGCGGCGACGACGGCGAAGCGGCCGCCGCGGAUCCAAAAAAAAACCCGAAGCUUCCCCCGUCCACAUCCGCGCAGGGAGACGGGGCGUUAAAGCCGCCCGUGCGAACACAGCUGGUCGUCGAGGAGUGCCGCCCCAGGGCCGUGCGCGUCGAGGUUCGAGCGACCAACUCUUCCGGCUCGUCGGUUCCGGGGUCGGCUCUCGCGGCGCUGGAGAGGGUCGAUUUGACAGCUGUGCACACGCUCGCGCUCGGCGAGGGAUGCCACGGGCUCGUGCUGGACCUUAAGGACAGGCUGAAGUCGGUGCGCACGCUGGACCUGAGCGGGGGAGGGCUGGUCGCCGUCCCGGAGGAGGCGUUUGCGCUGGGACCGAGGGUGCGGGAGCUGAUCCUGGACGAUAACAAGCUGACGUCGCUUCCCUCGCUGACCCGCAUGCCCAAGCUCCGGCGACUCAGCGCGGAGAACAAUCAGCUCCGGGAGCUCCGCGGGGAUCUGCGCGAGUGCGCGGAGCUGAGGGAGGUUUCGCUGGAGGGAAACAAGCUGACAAGGCCCGCGCUGGACAUGAAGGCGUUGCGCAACCUCGAGAUUCUUCGUCUCUUCGAUAAUCCCGUGGAGCACCUACCGGAGAUGCACCAUGCGCACGAGCUGCGGACGCUGACGCUGUUCAACGUUCGCAUAUCCGCGGAUAGGGACAUGCGCGAGGUGGAGGUGACGAGCGAGGACAUCCCGUCCACCUUGGCCGCGGCGUUCGGCGGCGCGAGGGACGAGAGGGCGUACUCCAUGUUCUUCAGCCUCGUGUUCCGCCAGAGCAGCUGCCAACACCCGCUGCUGGCCAAGGCGAUCGCGCUGAUCGCGAGGAAGAAGCGCGCCAACUGCGAGGCGAUAUGCAACACGGAGGGGGGCCUACAGCAGCUCCUGGCGAUGGUGCUCAGCGCCGACGUGCUCGUCGUGAGGGAGGCUUCCACCGCGCUCGCGACGCUUGGGUCGUACCCGGAGCUGGCGCGAAAGCUCGUGGACGCAAAGGCGCCGCAGCGGAUCCUCGCCAUGCUCGGCGACGCCAAACCGACGGUGCAGAUAUGCGGGCUGCAGAUCCUCAGCGCGUUGGCGUUCGCCAGCGAUCGGAUCGCGCGGGAAGUCUUUGGCGAAACGUUGCUGGACCGGCUGAUCCGGCUCACCCGCGAGGGCGGCUCUCACGCGGUGCAGGUCAACGCGCUGGAGGCUAUGGGCAACCUGUCGUUCAACGCCGCGAACAGGCGCGUGGUGGCCAAGUACGCCAGGUCAUUGCUCGCCACCCUGGCGCUGCCCGCCGCGCCAGCCUCGGCGUCUUCCAGGGCUGGCACGCCGAUGCAGAGCCCGGCGAAGGCUCGACACCCGGCUUGGGGGCAAAACCCGGUCGAGUCGCGGGGCUCCGCCGCGCCCACGCACCCGGAGGUUAAGCGGAUGGCGUGCCGAGCGUUGGCCAUCCUCGGCGAGAACAGGCUGGUUCAACAGGCGAUAGGGCACCGGACGCCGCCGGGGAGGGGCGUGCGCGUGCUCUGCAUGGACGGCGGGGGUAUUCGCGGCACCGCGACGGUUCAGAUGCUGAAGAGGCUGGAGCGGGGCACCGGGAGGAAGGUGCACGAGUUGUUCGACCUCAUCUGCGGCACAUCCACGGGCGGGAUGCUCGCGGUCGGCGUCGGGAUUCAUAAGCACGAGCUCGACAGGGUGACGCAGAUGUACGCGGACCUCGGCUCGCGAAUCUUCAGCAAGAUGCGCAGCAGCGGAUCGGACGAGCAGCAGAGCUACUCGAAGGCGCUCCGCGACAGGCUCGAUUCGCUGUACACCUCGGGGCAGCAGGCCAUCCGCGUGGGCGUGACCGGCAGCAAGCACGACCCGACCCUGUUCGAGUCGCUGGUGAGACAGGAGUGCCGCCUACCCACCCCGCUGGACCCGACGCGGCCGCACGAGCCCGCGCUCAUCGACACCGGUCUCAUGCCAGGACCCAAGGUUUUCGUGGUGGCCACGCUCGUGUCCGUCAACCCGGCGGCGCCUUACGUGUUCCGAAACUACGAGUACCCCGCCGGCAUGGAAGACGCCGCGAGCGGGGGGGCGUCAGCGUCGGCGUCGGCGGCGGACGACGACGACGACGAAGACGCGACGUAUUUCGAGGACACCUCGCGGACGAUGGGCAGUUGCAAGCACCUGCUGUGGCAGGGCGUCCGCGCUUCCUCGGCGGCGCCGUAUUACCUGGCCGACUACGGCAUCGGCGAUGAGCGUUGGCAGGACGGCGCGGUGACGUGCAACAAUCCGAGCAUGUUGGCGGUGAUGGAGGCCCGGCGUCUGUGGCCGGACCGGCCCAUCGACGUCGUGGUCAGCCUCGGGACAGGGAUCGUGCCGACGAAGCGCAGGGAAACCUCCGGCUUGCUCAACGCCACGAUGACGGCCACGUCCAUGCGCGUCCUCAUGGACAGCGCCUGCGAGGUUGACAGGACGGACGCCGCGCUUCGAACGCUGCUGCCGAUGAUUCCCGGGACGAAGUACUUCAGGUUCAACCCCGUGGACGAACGCUGCGACGUGGAGCUCGACGAAACCGAGGCUGGUCUGCUGCAGGGUCUCACCGACGCCACGGAUGAAUACGUCCUCCGGAACGACGCCGGGUUCGCCGAGUGCUGCGCCGCGCUUCGCGUCGGAUCCGGUGACGUGGACGGUGACGUGGACGGUGACGUGGACGCGUCCGCGGUGGCGAUCCAGGGGUCCGAGAUGGGAUCCAGGCGCGGCAUGCUGCUCGUCGAGGCACCCAGGGUGGCCGGGGAGAUGGAAGCGAGCUCGAGGUCGGUUCGGGAAUUUUGCGAGACGAGGUCCAUACCCUUCGAGCGGGUGGACACCGCCGCGGCUGCGCACGCGGCGGGCGGGGGAGAUAAGGGCCGGAAAGGACCGGGGCUCGUCGCGCUGCUCCGUGCGGCGACCAGGUUCGCGAGUCAGAUGGGCGUGAUCCACUUCAACUGCCUGGCGGACGCCGAGGGCGUGACGCUGCGGUGGGCGGAGGAGAUGAUCGCCGUCGCGGAGCCGUCGGCGGCGGCGACGGAUUUCUUGUCGCGCUCGAGGGCCAAACGCGGGACUCUCGCGGAGCUGUGCGCGCGGGACACGCGCGUGGAGGUGGACGGCGCGCUGCACACGGUUCUCGGGAAGCACGUCCAGAGGGACGACGGGGUGGGCGGCGGCGAGGUUGGCGCGUACCUCUUCCGAAGGGCGGCGGCGGGGGAGAGGCUCGGUGCCGAGGAAGCCUUGGGGCUGCUCGCGGUGUGGCGCGAUAAGAUCGUGGUGUCGCACGCGGCUCUUCCCGGGGAUCUCAUCGCGACCAUCCUGGACGCGGACGCGAAGGUGGUGCUGGCGCCGUUACUCGACGACGACGACGACGAGGGCGACGACGACGGGAGGCACGAGCGCCGGGGCGGAAUGUGGGCUUCCGAUGCGGUGGAUUUCUUCAACGCGUUUUAUCACGCGCUGUACGUGGUGGGCGCGGAUGCCGUGGCGGCGCUCGGGGCGGCGGCGCUGGUGCAGCCGUCGUGCCACCGCUUCAGGUGUCACAUGAAGAUCAACGGGGAGAUUUUGUCUCUCAAGGCUGGCGACGACGAUCUGCUGCCGGACGAGGAGGAGUAUUGA